CUCAACGGAUCAUUUCAUGAAGUUAUUGCGAACGGUACAAUCGUUCCACAUGGUAUCGUGCUAGAUCUGGAAGAAGACAAGGUGUUCUGGUUGUCAGCCGGUUCUGGGAACCUCUACCGGGCCAAUCUUGACGGAUCUAAUCAUGAGAUCCUAGAUCCUGUAUUCAUGGUCCCACGUGGUAUCACAAUCUCCUACAAAAGAAGAAAGCUCUAUAUUACAACGCGUCUGUCUUCACCUGCUAUCAGAAGUGUGAACACUGAUGGGACUAAUGACGUUGUUCUCAUCGACACAAAUAUCGCUUCGCCAAGUGGCAUAGCCUUCAAUUUCCAAGAGCAACGUCUGUAUUGGGCAGACGACUCCUUAGACAAAAUAGAGUCUAUGGAUCCUGAUAACAGCACCGAUCGGAUAAUUCUGCCCUCCGUCAUAGCAGGUUCAACGCUUGAUUUAUUCCCUUUUGGCCUUGCUCUCCAUGGUGAUGACGUCUACUUUAGUGAUAUCAACAGCCAAAAAGUCAUAUUGGUUGAUUCUCCUUCAGGGGAGGUUAAAACGUUGCCCUCUUCAUUUAGUCUGCCGACUGAAGUUCACAUUUAUAUGGAUGUAUGCGCAAAUAGAUGUCUUAAUAACGGUAGCUGUGUAAGAAGCUUGACAUCUGUAAAAUGUUCCUGCCCUUUCGGAUUUCUUGGGUCAAGAUGUGAAAUCGAUGCAUGUAUUAACAGAUGCGUGAACGGAGGGACAUGUGCUCCGUCUGAAAGAGGCUCCAUAUGCAUCUGUCCCGAGGGAUUCAGCGGAUCUAAAUGUGAUUCAAGAUCGAAAUAUGCACCUCUGAUAUUUGUCUGUGAUGAGGAAGCUGGAGCUAUCUUCGAAAGCAGUGCUGAUUCCUUUGAUUUCCGCCCGCUACCAAUCCCGAAUGUACACCGUCCCGUAGCUGUGGCCUAUAGCCCGGAGGAGGACCUCAUCUUUUGGAUUGACGCAGAAAACGGCACUCUUAAUCGUGCAUUCCGGAACGGUUCUGGUCACAUUGAACAAGGGAGGACCAUUUCGGAUCUAACAAUAAUACCCAGUCUAAAUUCCUGGCGUACAUCGAAUCUCAGACCGGUAUAACAUUUGAAGAAGGCUACAACUCAGCGUUCAUUGGAAGUAGCGGCUUUAGUACCACAGGUCAUCUGACGUCUGUUUGCCUACAUCCGAACACAGAUCUGUAUGCAUUGCAGAAUGGAACCAUUCCUGCAAUAUGGAGAAAGGAACUCUACAGCACGUCAGAGACGAUUGAGAAAGCAUCCUUAUUGUCUCCAUUAAGUAUGGCAUUUGAUCGGCAAGGAUCCCGUCUUUUCAUUUUGGAUGACAUAAAAGGAACAGUGGAGUCAUGUGGCCCGCUAGGUGAAGACCAUCAUAUUCUUCUUUACUACCAGAAUACCAAGCCCGUAGAUGUAGAAUGGUAUGGAGGGUCUCCCCUCUGGACGGACGACAGCCCCUACCGAGGCAUCGGGUUCGUGGCGAAGAGAGGGGGUCCUUCGACCGGCAUUACAAGCUUGAACCAGUUUCAAAAAGCAACAGGAAUCCAUGUUUACUACGGCCAAGUUUACGAAAGGCAGGCAGGAAAAAAUUGUCUUGAAGAUGAGUUCACAUGCAAUGAUACGGUCUGCAUACCAAUAUCAUGGAGAUGUGAUGGACUGGUAGACUGUGACGACGACCUGGAUGAAGCGAGCUGCUAUUCUGAUGAACCUGAUUCCAUCGUCUUCGUAACCGACUUAGACGAAGGUGCAAUAUUCAUGGCAACAACGACUAACCUCACCUUCACCAAACUACCCCUGACUGGUCUACAAACUCCCGUGGCCGUUGAUUAUGACCCAGUGGAUGGCAUCGUCUACUGGACGGAUAGUUCUAACCGUUCAAUAAACUCGGCACGCAUUAAUGGGACUAACCAGAAAACAGUUAUAGAUGGGCUCGGAACACCCGAUGGGAUGUACUUUGAUGUUCAAACCAAGACCAUAUAUUGGACUGAUGCACUUCACAACACGAUAGAAGCAGUGCACCACAAUGGCACAGGCAGACACAACAUUCUUUCAGACCUCGAUAAACCGAGAGCGAUAAUCAUCGUAUCAACCAACAGAAUGAUUUAUUGGACGGAAUGGGGAGAUUCUCCAAAAAUAGAAUUGUGCGACCUCACGGGCAAUAAUCGACAGGUUGUUAUCAGCACAGGUCUGGGCUGGCCAAACGGUAUCACAUAUGAUAGAGAAGGUUCACGGCUCUAUUGGUGCGACGCUAAAGUGGACAAGAUCGAAUCCUCAAACCUCUAUGGCAGUGACCGUAAACUCCUUCUAGAUAAUUCCCAUGGUACGCUCCAUCCAUUUGAUAUUAUCUUCCACCAUGGAACUCUGAUGUGGUCCGAUUGGAAGUUUGAUGGUAUAGGGGUAAAUGAAGGUUCUCAGCAUGCAUGGCCAAAGAAUUAUAUUCUACCAGGUGGCUUUUCGCAACCAGGAGGCUUCCAUGUAUUUGAGGAUAUCAAUGAAUGUGAAAGCAACCCCUGCAUGAAUGGUGGAAGCUGUGAGGAAGAAAUCGACAUGUUCACGUGUACUUGUGUACCGGGCUACGUAGGACCCACUUGUGCGAUAGAAACCGACGAAUGUGUUAGUCGUCCAUGUCUCAACGGAGCUUCAUGCGAUGACUUAAUUAACAUGUACAUUUGCGACUGUUUACCGGGCUACACAGGCACCAAUUGUGAGAUAGAAAUCGAGGUAUGUGCCAGUAGUCCAUGUUUAAACCGCGCUACCUGCAAUGACUUAUUGAACAUGUACACUUGCACCUGUGCACCGGGUCAUACAGGAACCGUUUGUGAGAUUGUUACAGAGCUAGAGCCGAUUCAAGUACUAUCUUCACCGACAAGUCUUACGAUAAACGCUCUUGAACCUGUCGAGAUGAUGUGUAGCUUUGAGAAUGCGAUUCGGUUUGAAUGGCAGAAGGAUAACGUAACGAUCCCUGGAACUGAACACCAGCGUGUAUACACCAUCGCAUCAAUGACCCCUGCACAUAUCGGAUACUACCGCUGUCAAGGUGAAGGCAGGAAUCAGAAUGGUGCUAGUACCGUGGUUUUUACUGAUCAGGCUACCGUUUACAUCACAGAGUUAUCUAACAUUAUAAUCGAGAAUGGCAGGUUUAAUAUCAACGUCAAUUCGUCCGGGGAUUUGUCAGACAUAACAUCUCAAUAUUACCAGGAUGCUGCGGAAAUGGUCACAAAUUACGUUCAAACGGGCAUAGUGAAGUUAGGCACUUUUGAGGAACAUUCUCUGUACGUGGUACCCUCCAACCUUCGCGAGGGAAGCAUCAUUGCUAACCUGAAUAUGUACGUCGAAGACAACGAGACGUCUUCUUUCCAGAUUAAACAAAGUGUCAAAGACUCCUUCCUCGCCUUGUCGUCCCUGCCAGACGGAAUACUUGAUGCAUCUACCGUCAGGGUCAUCAGCACCUCAAUUUGUCCCAAUUUUACUUGGGUGUCAAGAUUCGGUGAGGCUCUCUUUGCGGAGGGAGAGUUGAAUUCCCGGUAUAAUUCAACAGGACGAGAUUGUCCCUUCAAUACAACUAAUGCUCACCAGCCUGUUGCUACAGCCCUGUGUGUUGGGGACAGGAUUAGCAGAGCCGUAUGGGUACCUGAAAAUAACUGUGGCGAUUUCAGGAAUGUAACAGAGCUGUUAAAAGAAAUUGAUAAUGUUGAGAUCACGCAGGAAACGGUUGAGGACAUUACAGAUCAAGUUGCAAUCAUUACAAAAAACACUGGAGAAAUCACCGCCUCGGAUGUCACUCUAGUUUCAAACAUUGCCACAGUAGUAGCAGCUCUAAACAACAGUGGAAGAGAGUUUACUGCAGUAGUGACGAGCAUUGUCAGCAACAUUGCCUCGGUUGACAUGAUCGAGCUCCAGCAGGCAGAAGAAACCACCAAUGCGAUCUCAAACAUUCUCAUGGCCUACGAGACGCAGCUCAACAACGUCGAUGUUGCAGAAGGAGAACCGUUCGAUGUAUCAGAGGAAAACAUAGCAGUUCAGGUUCGGAGUGUACCUGCAGAAGAGCUCAAUCAGGGGUUGGUCCUAUCCCUCUCCGGAAAUAGUUCUACAGACCUUUCUGGUUCCAACAUUAACGUCAGAGCAGGAGAGGAUACCCCUUCGGAAGGAAGGAGUGUCGGUGUUAUAGCUGAGGUAAGCUUUCCUCCUGAAAUCGCUGCCAUCACUUUAGGAGCUUUAACGGGCAACGUUAACAACACGAAUAUCAACAUCAUCAUGAGUGUCUUCUCCACACCUGUUCUGUUUUUCUCACCGUCGCUUCUUAACUUCAGCAGUGAGAACCCAGGUGUCAAUCGGACCGCCAACACACCUGUCAUUCUAUUGAGUGUAGGUGGGGUGGUCGUUGCAGACCUAGACCAAUCGAUUAACCUGACUUUUACUGCUUUGGUGUCUGAUUACGUGAAUCAGAUGUGUGUUUUCUGGGACGAGGAUGAUUCAGAAUGGUCCUCAGAGGGAUGUCGUCUUGUUUCCUCGAGGUCUGUCCCAUCAAUGCUGUCUGGUGUUUCAGCCAGAGCUCCUGAAAGCAACAACUCUGAGAACGUUCUAGAAGACUUGGAGACCAUGGAGAUGUACACAUGUGCGUGCGAUCACCUAACCAACUUUGCGAUUUUAAUGGAUAUCCACGAUGUUACUACCGAGUAUACCUACAAUAUCCUGAGCUACAUAGGGUGUGCAAUCUCUACUGUAUGUCUACUGAUCGCACUUGGGACAUACCUCUGGAAUAAAAAGCUGCGGAGUCGCCAGACACACAAGAUUUUCAUUUGUCUGUGCGCCACCAUGCUGGGGCUGUACACCUCGUUCCUCGCCCUGCUUGUCUUGGACACUACGCGAGGAGAUACGGUGGUGAACUCAGUAGCGUGCGGGUUUCUGGCCGGUCUCAUCCAAUUCUUCGUACUUUCCUCCAUUGCGUGGAUGGGAGUGGAAGGCUUUAAUACCUACCUGGUCAUCGUACAAAUAUUCAAUACAUACAUACCAAACUUCAUGGUCAAGGCCGGUCUUGCAGCCUGGGGUAUCCCUGCAAUCAUCGUUAUCCUGACUGGUGGUAUUGCAAACACGAACUAUGCCAGGGAAGAUGUCUGCUUUCUUCGCCUCUGGUCUCAAGUCGGUGGCCUUCUGAUACCUGUAGCCGUCGUCCUGAUCGCCAACAUGGUCAUCUUUAUUAUGGUCAUCCGACAGCUAUCGAAAUCGGCUCAGAUAGCCGGGAAAAUAAAGAAGGACAAGGAUGGGAAGCGCGAAGAGAUGAUUGAACGCGUCAAGAAUGCAGUGGCAAUCCUGGUAUUGAUGGGGCUGACUUGGACUACUGGAUAUCUUCUACUUAUCGAAGCCUUUACUCUGGUUGUCCAGGCCUUAUUCAUCCUGUUCAACUCCUUCCAAGGUCUCUUCAUCUUCAUCCUCUACUGUGUGCGGAAGCCUCUAAUUCGUCAGCAAUGGGGUUUGACCUGCUCCUGGUGCGAUGGAGAAAGUACGCAGAGUGGUGGAAGACGGGUCUCAUCAGCUUCUGAUAGCCUGACUACCAUCUCUAAGUUCUUCGGCAACAAACGUAAGAAGAAGUAUAGCAUUGGCGAGGAGAGUCUUACCGGGGCUUCAAAUGGCACAGAUUCUUCAUUGUCAGCGCCAGUCUCCAAUCUCUCAUAUAAUGACCUCGACUUUGGCACUUACAUCAAACAAUCUGACGAAAGCAAAGUAUAAUCUCAUUGGAUGAAUAAAAAUCUCUGCUAAGCUCCUUUAUCUCUAACGAAAUUCCUUUAACUAUACUUUUGGUUUGUAAAAUAGGCCCCAAGUUUCUUGAUAUGUCUUCUUUUUAAUUACUGUUGGCAAUUAAAGCACUGUUAUCCCUAAUGAGAUUAGUUAAAUAAACUUCAACUUUUAGUCCACAGAAGUGGAUGGAAGCGUGCCCACUGAAUUUAAAGGUUGGUAGAAGCUUAAAAUCCAUGUUAAAAUUACUCCAACCAAUGACAGUUUUCUGUAUCACUUCUACUUUGAGUUUGUAAUAUAUUUUAUAUGGGCCUGUUGGUCCUUUAUUUUUAAUUAUUGUCGGCAAUUAAAGCACUGUAGCCCUAUUAGCCUGAGAAAAUAUCUUAAAUUAUUCUUUAUUUUGUAAUAUACAGGUCUUUUGAUGUAUCUUUUUUUCCUUUGAUGUCAGCAUAGUCAGCACUCUUUCAAGACAUAUUAUAUAAAUGAAUGAUUGUAAAUGUAAAAUAAAUCAAAUAAAUAACAAUGAAAAUUCUUGUCUAAAUGUAAAAAUAGUAAGUUUUAAAAAAAAGGAAAAAAAGUCGUAUAACUUUAUAGCACACUGGUGAUUCCUCGAGACUUUUCCUAUCUAGAAGUAGUUUAUGUCUUUAAAAUCUACCUUUAAAACUAGUUUACACAGACACACGAUCGUACAUAUUUACCGCUGUCCAUACUCAAAGAAAUGAAUGAGUUACUAGUGUAUAACGAAUCCUUCGUCAACAUCGAUAUUGAAAUAUCAAUUUGAGCAGAGCUAUUUUUUAAAAUAAUUUGUUGUAUUAUAAGUAUUACGGAAUGCUGGUCAUUCAAUUGUAUUUUUGUUGUUACUUUUAAAUGGUAAAUUUCAAUCGUGAACUCGCCUGCAGCUGACUUUGAAUGGUCAACAGAGCCUUGUAAAAAAAAAGCGCCAUGAGCGUCAGAGCCUGACGGAUACAGGUCGGAUAACCAUAUUAUAUUAUUAUUAUUUCAUAUUAUAUGCCCUUGUUUGCCUUAUGAAACAACAUAGAGUUCAGCCACAUGAUGUAUCAUGAACAGGCGUUCUAGGUGCCAAUGAAGCUGAAUGAGAUAUAAUUUGCUUUCUCACCUUUUAAAAUUCUGUUGGAAGAAUACCAUAGUAGAAAUUCGUGCCUCUCUUAAACUUUUAGACCAAAACUUUCAUGAAACAGGUGUGUGUAGUCCCAUCUUUGUUUGGAGUACAUGUAAUUUUCAGCAUGAUUGAUUUUCUUUCUUUCCAUUGUAAUUAUUCCAAAACCUGACUGUUUAUGUAAUUUCUUAUUUUUCAUUCACCCUUUGCAAUUAAUUACCCAGCAAUCUCUCUCUCUCUCACAAUGUAAUUACAUGACUCGUACCUAAUUUCAUUAGACAACCUCGGGGUUUAGUACAUUUCAGUUAUUCAUUUGUGUUCAAUAAAUGUAUGAAAGGAUGCAAUACAUAUAUUAGGAAAAACUUCUUUAAGCUACAACCGGGAUUAUAAUAUGAUGCUUUGAAUUAGGCGCAGUGUAUAUAUCUUAAAGAGUAGCUGAACAAGCUACUUUAUAAAUAUAUACAUGGACCUAUUCAUAAGUACACAUCCAUUGAUUAUUUGGAAAUGUUAUUGUAUAGUAUUGGGGAAGUUGAACUUAAGUGGUUCAAGUCAUAUCUAUCUAAUAGGCAACAAUGUGUAUUCUUGCAAGUUACGAAGAGUAAUUUUCUAACUGUGAAAUCGUGAAUUCCACAAGGAUCAAUGCUGGGGCCAUUAAUUCUGGCCUCUAUGUGAAUGAUAUUUGUAACCUGCAACUCCAUUCUAAGACGAAGAUUUCCUUAUAUGCGGAUGACACGGCAGUGUUUCCUCAUGGAAAGGAUUAUAAAGUGUGUGAAUGAAAUCUCCAAAAAGACUUUUCAAGUAUCUUGACAUGGCUGAAAUACAAUGGACUGUUUUUAAACGCAAAUAAACCAAAGCAAUACUUUUUGGUUCUAAAAGAAAAAGAAAAAAAAAAUAUAUAUAUAUAUAUUCAUUUAUGUACUCGACUCAGUCGAAAUAUGAAAUAUCAAGGUAUAGCACUAGAUAAAUGUGUAACAUGGUCGCUACAUGUAAGAGAAGUUGUUAAGAAAGUUUCGGGUACGAUUGCCUGCAUUAGACGUAUACGCCAAUAUAUUCCCGUAAGAAUCUGAACACAUUACACUAUCCUCUUUUUCUACCGCAUUUAAAAUAUUAUAAAAUAGAUAUGUACGAUUAGUUCUUCGUGCCGAAUAUUUUACACCCCAAAAUGUUUUAAUGAGUAAAUUGAAAUGGCAGUCAGUAGAGGAAAAAAUAAAAUAUCAGAAAUGCAUCUUGAUUUUUAAAAUCACAACCAUAUCUAUAUCCAUGUAUAAGUAAAAGACCGGUAUUUUAUAAUACUCGUCAUGCUAUAAACAGUCUAUUAUUCAUUCCGAAAUGUAAACCAAGUUUUAAAAUGAAAACCUUAGCGGUUUCAGGGGCUAAAUUAAAUAAUAAAUUACCCUGUAAUAUUAAAAACUGUAAGUCUCUGCAAAGUUUUAAACGGAAUGUUCAACAUUUUCAGUUUCUCUUGUAAACAUCUUUUCACGUUAAUUCGACCUUUAUUAAUUACAUUUCAUUUAGUUUUCUCAAUAUGAUAGUUGUAUUUUUUUCCUUAUAAUUGUUAAUGUGUGUUUUUAUAUUACCUAUGUUUAAUAGUUCUUAGUUUUCCUUUCUCUCAUCUAAAUCAAUUUGAGUUGAAUUAUUGUAUAUGCCAUGUAUAUCUUACCUUCAUAUGUAUGUUUUGAAUUCAUGUUUGUAUUGUACAUGUUUUAUGUGAAUGCAGGUCUCUCUGGGAGAGCAGGUCCAGAAAUAGACUUGAAAGGAGACCGCCCUGUUGAAAUAAAACUGUAAUAAAUAAAUAAAUAAAAUACA